AUGGGUGCUUGUUCUCAUGGCUACAUAUAUGCAAUAAUACAUUUUACCGCUUGUACACAAAAUGCAAUGGUUUGCAGAUAUAUGGAGAAAGGCUCAAUUGAGCCCGGAACUAUUGGCGGUAGCAAGCCACGUGUAACUACACCCAAGGUGGUGGAAUACAUUCGACUAUUGAAGUGCUCUGAUCCAGGGAUUUACUCAUGGGAAAUACGUGAUCGGUUGGUUGCAGAUGGUAUCUGCAGUAAGGACAAUGUUCCUUCCGUAAGUAGCAUUAGCAGAAUACUCAGGAGUAAAAUGCCAAAAGGUGAGGUCUUUGCGAGUAAGCCAAUUCAUAAAGUAAAAUCCUGUUUAAGGUUUUGAAC